AUGGUUCAAUUAAUUUCUUCAACAUAUGGUAAAGCCAAUGUUAAAUUCUUAAAAGUUAAGAAGAAUCCAGCUAAUCCUAAUGAACAAGAGGUCUUAGAAGCUAAUGUUAAAGUAUUAUUAACUGGUCAAUUCGAUGUUGCUUAUACUAAAGGUGAUAAUGCUCCUAUUGUUCCAACUGAUACCGUCAAGAAUACUAUUUUAAUUGAAGCUAAAACUACUGAUGUUUGGCCAAUUGAAAAGUUUGCUGCUCAUUUAGCUAAACAUUUCACUAAUAAAUAUAAUCAGAUUGAAGGGGUUGAUAUUGAAAUUGUUCAAGCAAGAUGGGUUAAAUAUCCUUUAAAAAAUGGUAAACUUCAUGCUCAUUCAUUUAGACAUGAUGGUCCUGAAACUAGAAGAACUCAUUUAAAAUUCAAUAAACUUACUAGAGAAUUAUUCAUUACUUCUGCUAUUAAAGAUUUAACCGUUUUAAAAUCAACUGGUUCAAUGUUUUAUGGUUAUAAUGUUUGUGAUUAUACUACUUUACAACCAACCAAAGAUCGUGUUUUAUCAACUGAUGUGUAUGCCAGUUGGUCUUAUGAUCCAAAAUAUUUACCAACUUUAGAAUCAGUCAUUUCCAAAGCUAAAGAUGGUUUAUUUGAUAAUACUUACAAUGCUGCUAGAGCCACUACUUUAGAAUUAUUCGCUUUAGAAAAUUCAGCAUCAGUUCAAGCUACUAUGUAUAAUAUGUCAGAAGAUAUCUUAAAACAAGUUAAAGAAGUUCAAUAUGUCACUUAUGAAUUACCAAACAAACAUUAUAUCUUAUUCAAUUUAGAAUGGAAAGGAAUUAAAGGUAAUGAUGAAUUAUUUUAUCCAUCUCCUGAUCCAAAUGGUUUAAUUAGAUCCACUGUUGGUAGAUCUAAAGCUAAAUUUUAA